GUAACGACACCUCACCCAUUUGUCUCGAGCUCCAAACUCCAAAGACAACAUCUCUCUAGCUAAAGAAAGCUGCAGAAAAUGGCAGAAGACCACCAGUCGAAUCUUGGUUUCAAAGGAGACAGCAUCGUAGCGCAGCAUGCCGUUUUUGCCUUGCUCGUGGACACGUUAAGCAACCAAAUCCAGAUGAAAUUCCAGUCAAUGCCAGUUUCUCCAUUUGACACCCACCAGAGGGUCAUGACAGCAUUUAAUGCUGCUUUGAUUAUAUACGCCACAACAUCAGUUGCCGAGGCCAUACUCCGGACGCAGAAAUCAGUCCACCAAAGACUUGUCGGCAAUAUUCGCCUCUUUGCUAGCGCCCUUGCUACAAUUCUGCUUCUGGUGAUUCUUUCCGUGAUUGUGUCCUGCAUCAUUUCUGUCCUGUGGACCUGUUUUUUCUUGAAGUUAGCAUAUGAAUCAUGUCAGGAUCUAUGCCAGUUGCUAGGCCAAACAACUAAAGAGGUCCUAAGCAUGUUGAAAAAGCUAAUUGCAGCUGUGAGGAGCCCCAAAGAGAAACCAAACCAGCCGAAUGUGGAGGUCCUUACAAGUCCCGAGACAGAGAUAGUGUUAAGUCAUUGAGUUGUUGCUCCUAGCCGCUUUUUGUAAUUUAUAUUGUGAAGAUAUAUUGUUUUUCUAACGCAGAAGAGAACUAGAUAAAGGAUAGGAUGUCCUUCCUUGGCAUGUGAAAAUUGAAAGAUAUGACAUGCUUUUUAGGGGCCUUUUCUUCUUUUUGUUUGUAUGAGGAAUGAGACUUGCAAAGUUAUCCGAGAUCGAUUUAUUUGGUGUUCAGCAAGCUCAUAGAGGGGCUAAAAUAAAGGUCUAAUUUAGAUUUA